AUGGCAGCCCGUCAAGGUAGCAGGACGACGAAGGCAGAUAAGUGGCUGUUUGGUGGGAAGUGGAGGGGAACCUCGAAGGAGACAAGACAUCCUGUUGUUCCUGAGGCUAAGCCUCCGAAUCCUGCUGUCGUUCAGGAUGAAGGCAUCUGCCUUGAGAAGUCUAGAGUACAUGUAUCUGGUCUGGGGCAGAGAAAGAGCAUUGAUAUUGCGCCCGGGAGGAGAUCAAUGCCGGAGAUGGAGAUCAACAUGAAAGAAGUUGUUGGAGUGCUCGGGGUGAAGGUGAUGGCCGCAGACAUGCCGCCAUUCAUGCAGUUGCAUGCCUUCCGGUGUGCUAAGCGAUCCCAUGAUAGCUUGGACAAGUUCAGUUCAAGGCAGCUGGCCCAUGAUGUGAAGAAGGAGUUUGAUAAAGUGUAUGGGCCAACGUGGCACUGCAUCGUUGGCACAAGCUACGGCUCCUUCGUGACACAUUCCCGAGGCUGUUUCCUCUACUUCUCCAUGGACAAAAUCAUCGUGAUGCUGUUCAAGACCAAGAUAAGGAAAGUGCUAGCAUCCUGA